AUGAAGUCCCUGCAAUUCCUCUUCAUCACAAUUAUCCUGUUUAAAGGAUGUGGAGCCUUGCAGUCAGCGUACCGUUCCGGCUCGAAAUGUUCUUCUGCACCGCUGAAGACCAUGGUUGCCGAGAGUAUCUUUGAUACGACAUCGACCUCGGAGCAACAAACCAAAACGCAGAUUCUUCAACUGGGGGCGGCCUUGGAUCGAGGACAAGCAUAUAACCCUACAUCGGGUGAAUAUUACAAGGAAACCAUGGAUGUGGCACGAGCCAAAAUUGAAGAAUUGUUGGAGCAAUCGCCUGACAAAAUUCCCACCAAAUUGGAAGAUCUCGAGGGAGAAUGGGAAUUGGUCUUGAGUACCGUCCCGCAUGGCAUUUUCCGGUCGUCUCCCUUUUUCUUGGCCAUUCAAGAAUCCUACGAAUACGCGGAAGAAAAAGAAAUGAAUGGGGAACCCAAGGCCAACCUCUUUUUUCGAUUGCACGAACUCCAAACCUGCUCCUGGGGAACCUCCAAAAUUGGCCGCGUCGCCCAACGAAUUGAUCCAACCAAGAAAUACUUGUACAGUGAAUUCGAUACUUCCAUUUUCAGUUUGACUGUAAUUCCUAUUUUGGGUUGGUUCAAGUUGUUGCCAACCUUUGGCGGCUGCGUUGUGACUGCCAGCAAGUGCGAAUUGGAAGAAGAUGGAAAGCUUUCCAUGGAGGUGGACUUCACCACCUCUCGUAAAGUUCCUGGUCUGAAAGGGCUGCCAUUGAUCGGUGAUUAUGUUUGGAAAAUCAAUGUCCCAGUUGGCGCCAUUUGGAAGUUGUUGCCUUGGAAUAAGGGCCGUGCCGCAACUUGCAAGGUCUUUGUCAAGUACUUGGAUAAGGACUUUCGAAUCGUCCAAGAUAUUGACGGGGAAUACUUUGUCUACACUCGACCAGUAGUUCCUCGGCCUUUGGAGAUAUAA